AUGGAGCUCAGUUUUCAAAUCUUUUUCACAUUUCUCUUUAUGUUAACUAUAAUCAAACUCUUGAGGCGAUCCAAAACAGGUCAUUCGACUCCCAAUCUACCUCCUGGCCCAAGAAAGCUGCCUCUGAUCGGAAACAUUCUUGACGUUGCUGGUCCACACCCACAUCGGAUCUUGAGAGAUUUGGCACAGAAACAUGGACCGCUGAUGCACCUACAACUCGGAGAGAAUUCAACAAUCAUCGCCUCUUCAGCCGAAACUGCAAAAGAGGUUAUGAAAACCCACGAUAUAAACUUUGCCAAUCGACCUUUUCUUCUUGCUGCAGAUAUCAUUACCUACAAGUCCACAAACAUCAUGUUUUCACCAUACGGAGAUUAUUGGAGACAACUUCGUAGGAUUUGUAAUUCGGAACUUUUAAGUGGAAAACAUGUUCAAUCUCUUAGACCAAUAAGGGAAGAAGAGGUUUCUGGUCUUAUAACCGCCAUUUGUGAACAGUCAGGAUCACCAUUCAAUCUCAGUGAACAUAUCUACGCACUCACGUAUGGGAUCACUACAAGAUCAGUCUUCGGAAAGAAGCUGAAACACCAAGAAGCACUGAUAUCGCUCAUUGAUGAAGCUAUAGGCCUGUCGGGUGGAUUUAGUCUUACUGAUCUCUAUCCUUCUUCUAAAGUUAUCGCCUUUCUCAGUGGGCUUCGGCCAAAACUUGAAAAGAUCCAUCAAAAAUUCGAUAAGAUGCUAGACAACAUAAUUGAAGAACAUAAAGCUCGUGAAGUAGGAAACGGAGAUGCGAAUCAUCUUCUAUUCGACGCUCUUCUGAAAGUCCAAGAACAUGGCAAUCUUGAAGUCCCCUUGACCAUGGACAACAUCAAAGCAAUCAUCUUGGAUGUAUUAUCCGCCGGAAGUGACACAUCUUCGACAGUCAUAGAAUGGGCGAUGUCCGAAUUGCUAAAGAAUCCAAGAAUCAUGGAACGGGUACAAACUGAAGUUCGACAAGUUUUCAGUACAAAAACGACAGUCGACGAAACUGGCAUCGAGUCAUUGGAUUUCCUAAAAGCGGUUAUCAAAGAAACGCUCAGAUUACACCCUCCUGCACCAUUGAUGUUGCCAAUGGAAAACAAGGAGAGAUGUGAGAUCAAUGGGUACGAAAUCCCCAUGAAGACGAAAGUAGUUGUGAACGCGUGGGCGAUCGGUAGAGAUCCCAAAUAUUGGGAAGAUCCUGAAAGAUUUCAUCCAGACAGAUUUCUUGAUAGCUUAAUAGAUUACAGAGGACUUAACUUCGAAUACAUCCCAUUUGGUGCCGGACGAAGAAUAUGUCCAGGGAUAUCGUUUGGAUUAGCGAAUCUCGAGCUUCCACUUGCAUCUUUACUCUACCAUUUUGAUUGGAAACUGGCAGACAGCACGAUGAAGACGGAAGAUUUGGACAUGACUGAAGCUUUUGGUGCAACUGUUAAAAGGAAAAAUGGUCUGAAUCUUAUCGCAACUGUUCGUUAUCCUCCUGUUUAGUGAAGAGUAAGGUGAAAUCUGAAAUGUUUGUGGUUUCCUGAAUGUAAUAAUGGAAUAACAUGACUGAAUGAAGUGGUAAGAUCUUUGAUGCA